AUAUGCUCCAUGAUGGAUCCUAAUACGUUUUGGUUAUUGCGAAAAUGUUAAAUUGGUUGUUAGUUUAUAUUCGUUGCUAACGUGAUGCUAUGAUGAUAGCAGGCUGGCUAACAUGGACCCCGUUAGUGUGAAGUGAAAUAACGGUGAUUCAGACACAACCUUAAUAAAGAGAAAAGGCAGAAAUGUCACGAUUUGUUUUGUAAAACAGUUUUGAAGACCUGUCAUUUUGUAGGUUGCUGUAAUUUAUGCAUUAUGGUUUUGUAACUAUAAGUAAAAAGUUAAAUACUAACCUGGUGAUUACUCGGAUGGAUGUGGAUUAGCCAGUUAGCUAACUAACUUACAUCAUGACUUCUGUGCCAGGCUUUUCUGAAGCUGCUUAAACCAUCAGAAUUCACUUCAGGCUGUUUUCACUCAAGCAGCAGAAGAAUCCUCUUUACUCAAAUUUAGGUGUAUUUUGUACACAGAAUGAAUUUGCUCACGAAUUUUCGAGAAUGCCGACAGGUCAGAGUGAUGUGAGAGCAAAGCCGAGAACACACUUUGAUGAGGUUUUACGGAGAUAUACAAAUCCUCCUUCACAGAAGAAAAAGCUCAAACAGGAAGCUGAGCGGUUGCAGGAGAAUGUGGAGCUAAAGACCUUAAGGAAAAAUCUGACCAAAGAUACUGAGGAAGAUGAGACCAUUCUCAAGAACACGUAUGACCCUGUUCAGGGCAGCCCAAGGUACACGAAGAACAGGCGUAGGGAGAAUGAGGUGUUCAAGAAAGACAACAUCAGUGAUGUGGGUAAGGAAAUGUCCACUGGAAUCUCAGGAAGAAAGAAAAGCAAGAGGGCUCUCCCUCCACCACCUGGUCAAGCUGAAGACGACAGUGACAAGAAUGCCCUGAGGUCUGAAAUAAAACUUCCUGCUGAAGCAGGUUUGGGAGAGAAAAGAAAGGGUAAAACAGAGAAGAGUAGAAGAGGCGAUGAUGAUGGUGUUACGAAAGCAGAGUAUGAACGUGAAGAUGAUCUCCUUCAGGAGUAUCAGCAACAGAUUACACAGGAGGAGCAGAGGGCUCUGAAGAAAACCCAGCAAAAGAAACGGAGUGAAACGCUGCAAGAAGUAAUUGUAUUAAACAAUGAAUUUGAAAAGAAAAAGAAAAAGAAGAACCUGAAAGAAAGGAAAGGAGAGGAAAGUGAACUUCCAUCAAAAUGCCAACAAAAUCAAAUGGAAAUAGCAGUUGAUAAAACUAAAUCCAAUGAAGACUUUCAAAAUGAUCUCCUAGAGGAGGAGAAAGAAGAUACAGUCAAGCCCAUAGGCAAAAAGAAGAAGAAAAGAAAGCAAGAAGUGACGGUACAGGACAGUCAGACAGAAGUGGAUGCAUCUCCUAGCCAGGCAUUUGAUGACAGCCUGGUGCUGGGAGUUUACAUUCACCGUACAGACCGACUCAAGACGGACCUUCUGGUGUCCCAUCCCAUGGUCAAAGUCUAUGUUGUGGAUGAAAUCACCGGACAGUACGUCAAGAAAGAGGACGGCCAUCGUCGAGUGUCUUCCUUUUAUGAACAGGAGAAUGUCGAGCAUGUCCUUCCCAUUAUAACGCAGCCUUUCGACUUCAAGAAACAAAAAUCAACAGUUCCUGACUGGGAGGAGCAGAUCAUCUUUAAUGAGCGCUUUACUUAUUUUCUUCAACAGAAUGCUGAGGCUCCAAAGGUCAUCCUCUUUUUUGAGAUCCUUGAAAUUAUGAGCAUGGAAGAAGCAAGGGAAAAUGCCUCUGCUGACAUGAGCGAGCGUGGGUUUCGCAAAAUUGCUUGGGCUUUUCUGAAGCUUGUAGGGACAAACGGUGUGCUGAACGUUGGCAGUAAACUGCGUCUCCAGCUGUAUAGCCCUCCACCCCGAGCGAGGAAAAAUCCACAAACGCUCGAGGUGUUUCAGUGGUGGUCAAAAUACCCUUGGAACAGAUAUUCCUCAACUCUUUAUGUCACAGUGAAGGGUCUCAAACUACCAGAUCAUGUGGACCCCAGUAUUCGCUCGAUGAUGGCUUUGCAGCAGGAAAGGGGCAGCACCUCGUACACCGAGCUCCAGACUGAACUCACUCAGAAAACUUUCACCCAGCUGUUGGAGAGCAAAUCAGAUGCCAUAAAAUGGAGUCGCCUGCCUGGACAGGUGUGUCGUAUUCCUAACAAACCAAUGCUGUCGUUCCGUGGAGGUCAGAUGGGCUGCUUUGCCCUUUGUUUCUCUCAUGAUGGCAGGGUCCUGGCUGCAGCUUGUGCAGACAGAGAUGCUUUCCCCAUUAUAGUGUAUGAGAUCCCUUCAGGCAAAGUCUUGGCGUCUUUUAAUGGCCACCUCAGUAUUGUCUAUGAUCUCUGCUGGACCAGAGAUGGCACGGGCCUGCUGUCAGCAUCCUCCGAUGGAACAGUCAGAGUGUGGAACAUUGAAAGACUCCAAGGACUCGCGGAGAAGAUCCUGCCCCACCCUUCGUUUGUAUACUCUGCCCAGUAUCACCCUCAAGCUCCAAGCCUGGUGGUAACAGGGGGCUAUGAUGGUCUGCUUCGAGUGUGGAAUUUAGAUUUUCAAGAUGUGAAUGGACAACUCCUGCAAGAGUUUGAGGGACACAAGACUUUCAUCAAUGCACUGUGUUUUGACAGUGAAGGAAACAGGAUGUUUUCUGCAGACAAUGCUGGCAUAAUUAUUGCAUGGAGUACUAAAGUAGAGGGUGGAUCAUGGCAUGGAGCAGUGCGUCUGUGGAAAAUUGAGAAAGAAAUAAAGGAAAGUGAUCUGAAUGGAAUUUCCAUCAGCUUCCUACAAGUGCAUCCAAACGGAAGGCGUCUUCUCAUCCAUGCCAAAGACAGUGUGUUGCGAGUGAUGGAUUUGAGAAUCUUUGCUAUAAAGAAAUAUAUAGGUGCCACAAACUACAGGGAGAGGAUCAACAGCACCUUCACCCCGUGCGGAAACUUCAUCUUCUCAGGCAGUGAGGAUGGAUUUGCCUACGUGUGGAAUGCUGAAACUGGUGAUCAAGUGGCUGUGUACUCAGAGCUGUGUUAUCCAACUGCACUCCGUGGAGUGGCUUUCCAUCCCCAUGAACACUUGGUGGCUUUCUGUGCCUUUGGGCAAAAUCAGCCGAUUCAGUUAUAUGUGUUUGACCGAAAAGUUACUCAGUUGGAGCUGGAGAGUAUGAGGGUGCUGAACAGAUCUGAUACUGCUGUCAGUAAAACGUUGAGGAAUCCGACCAAGAUCCUUGCGUUUCAGGACACUUCAGCUUCUGGAAUGGACCGAUUUGCCAGUGCUGCUCGCAUGUCCCUCAAGAUGCAGCGAGUUAAACAGAAAUUAGACUCCGUCCUGGAGCCACAUCGAAAUACCUCUGGCACAGAAUACAUCUACGAUCAGGGAAGCAUGUCUCAGUUGGGGAGAGGCUUAUCCCAAGAGGGUUUUCAUACUUCUCUCCCUCCUCCAUCUCUGCUUUCUCCUCACUCCAAUCUGCAGCUGUCCAGCUCACUUGGUGCUCAAUUAAUUCCUCAGGCCACGCUCAGCUCACAAACAUUUGGCUCCACCGCUUUUGGUCACCCCAUUCGAAGAACGCCAUCACUAAAGCAAAGGAGUCUACCAGAUCAUGAAUUUUCAUUACAAGUUGAGACUGAUGUGGAACAAGUCCAGCAGACAGUUGUGACUCUAUAUGACUACAAUGCCAAUCGCUCUGAUGAGCUGAUGUUACGCCGUGGUGAUGUAAUCCAUGUGCUGCACAAAGAUAAUGACAACUGGUGGUUUGGCUGCUUAGCCAGCGGACACCGGGGCUACUUCCCAGCUGCCUAUGUGGCUGAUGAAAAGGGAUUUGAUGAAGAGCUCUCAUGGGCUAUAGAGGCUCAACCUGGACCCUCACAGCAAAUCAGUGAAGGAGUUAACGAAGUCACAGCUACAAAGUUGUCUGCAGCUGUCAGUGCCUCUGGAGAGCUGAAGAUCAUUUCAGAACAGGACACUGAUGCUGAGGCACCUUCUGUCAAAAUUAAAAAGAAGAAGAAAAGGGUGAAGAAAAGUGAGCUUCCUUAUGAUCUUCCACCAACCACAUCAGCAGAUAUCGACACUUCUGUACCUUCUACCAGAAAACCGAGACCUCUUCCAAGAUUAGGACAAACCAACAGUUCUUUCAAAUCAGGAACACAGGACAGAUUGGGGUGACAAAUAAUACUCAGGAGAAAGGAAAAAUAUAUGCAUGUUUAAGUCACCAGUGUACUUGAUCAUGUUUUUGCAAUCAAGCCUUCUAUUUGAAUGCAUUUUUGUAAUUUUUUUAAAUGUUUAUUUUAAUAAGCAGUACUAAGUGAUUUCUCAUGUUUUGUUUUUAUUUUUUAGCAGUGUUUAAUAUGUGCUCAUUUGACAAUGUGACUGUAAAGGUUUAAAUAAACAGCCACAGGGAAAGCAGGAAAAAGUGCAGGAUUUAUUAAGUAAGUAAAAGUUUAAUUGAACACAGGUAAACACAUUAGUCCUUUUUUUAAAUCAGUAAACAUGGUACAAAAUUGGGAUAGUGUUUCAUUUACAUUUAUAACAGGAGUAUUCACUUUGAUCCAUUGCUUGUACAACCCCGAUUCCAAAAAAAGUUGGGACAAAGUAUAAAUUGU